AAAAAGAUAUACCCUGCUUAUAUAACAACCGUUUCUUCUCUCUCCUCCAGUGACUGUCCCAGCUGUUUCCCGGCUGCUAUAUAUAUAUAUAUAUAUAUUCUUGCCGCUAGCUGACUCAUUCCCUAUAUAACACUCUCUAACUUUUAUACAAACCCGACACCUGUUUCUUGAUUCUGUUAAACAUGGCAUCAUUACCCGGAGCUGAUUCCGGUCAUUAUCCGGAAGAUUUGGAACUUACUCUUUUGCAAGUAGUUCAUCGACAUGGCGAACGAACACCCGUGAGAAAGCGUUUAGAGAAGCUAUUUCCAACUGUUUGGAAAAUGUGUGAUGCCAAUGCCCACAUGUUUGCUACUAUUGUUUCGCUGGAUCCCAGCGCACAAAAGCAGUUUGUUCCUUUACAACGAUUGGUGGACGAGGAUGCCAUCAUUAAGAAGCCUCACGUGCAUUCACCAGGCGCUUGUUACUAUGGCCAAUUGACCAACCUUGGCCGCCACAGUAUGGCUACAUUGGGCGCACGCUUGAGAGAAAUUUACGUUGACAGACUCAAGUUCUUGCCUGACAUAUAUGACCAGAGCAUGGUGACGAUCCGUAGCACGGAUUAUCAACGUACCCAAGAAUCAGUACAGCAGUUGGUUGCAGGUGGUUUAUAUCCAGCCGACAAGCGCGGCGACGAUUUCGUUCUUCAGAUUGCCACUCGUGAUCCAGUAGUAGAAAAUAUGUUCCCCAAUCCAAACUGCUACAGACUGCGCCAACUGGCCAAAGAGUUUAAAAAGGAAGUCGAUGAGAAAUGCAAGGACAAAUUCGAAUCACUCACGGAACGACUCAAGAAUCAUGUUGACUCGGUGUCUUUGGAUAGCCAUCCUUCUGCGAACGGCAUAUUAGAUACACUCGUUGCUGCACGAGCCCAUGGAUUCGAACUCCCUGUAGACAUUGAUGACGGUGUGAUACGCGAUCUUGAGGAUGUGGUUGUACUAGAAUGGUUCCAUGGUGUGAUGCGGUCGGACGAGGCUCGACGCCUCUCUACGGGAAGAAUAGUGGGAGAGAUCCGUGAUCGUAUGGCUGAAAAGGCUAUCGGAGUCAAUGACCGAAAGCUCCAUGUCUAUUCUGGUCAUGAUACUACCGUUGGACCGUUGUUGAUUUCGUUGGGCGGCUUUGACAAUCGAUGGCCACCGUUCAGUAGCUCCGUCAUUUUCGAAUUAUUUAAACAAAAGGGAGCUAGUCCAAGUUGGACAUCGCGACUGUUUGGAGGACAGGAAAAAGGGCCUCAUUUCGUUCGUGUACGUUACAACGACAAGAUCCUUGAGCUGCCUGGCUGCCAAGCAGCCGGCGACCAUCAUGAAAGUGGCGACAAGUCGCUGUGUACCUUUGAAGCAUUCCAAAAGAUUGUCAAAGAUCAAGUUCCUGACAACUGGAAAGAAGAAUGCGCAUACCGUUCAUAAAAAACGUACUGGCUGUUUAUUAGAAUAUCUUUAUUAUUUCUUGUUGGUAAUAAAUAUGAAUACUGCCGUAUUCGUCGUUACAGUGACCAG